UAAUUUUAUCUAAUAAUUUAUCGUUAAGUUUUUUUGCCAGUCACGGAAAUGUUCGUUAAAUGGUUUAGUGUAGUGACAUGCACCGUUUGUUUCUUAUAUACCAUUUACAUCUUGUACAGCUUAGGACAUUUCUUGUCGAACCAUAACGUAACUAAUGAAACGAUUGUUUCAUCGAAGGAAGAUGAAAGCAAUGUCUCGUUAUUAUGGCCCUUAUCGACAGACAUGACUCUGUUAAGUAUUUUUAUUUUACAACACUCAUUUAUGGCUAGUGAGCUCGUGAAAGAUUUAUUUUCCAAGUUCCAAGUUGAUUACAUAGAACGAACUGUCUAUAAUGUUUUCAGUGCCAUGACUCUUCAUUUAUUAAUCAGUAAAUGGGAGUUCAUUUCAUCUGUUACAUUAUGGAAAGUCGAUACCUUUUCUAACGACGUUUCUUGGUACACAUUUACGACCCUUCACGUGUUGGCUUGGAUAAUAAUUUAUAGCGGGUGUCUGAUGAUGGAUUUAUCAGAAUUGGCUGGGUUAAAACAAGUAUAUUACAAAUUUUCAUCAAGGCCAUGCCCGAUUGUAAUGAAGUCGAGAGGAUUGUUACGUUAUUAUAUGCAUAUGAGACAUCCAAGUCUGACAGGAUUUCUCAUUAUUUUUUGGAUACAUCCUUAUAUGACAUUAGACAGAUUAUUAUUGGCUUCGAUACUUACUAUUUAUAUGGGCUUAAUGUGGACCAUUGAUAAAGAAGAUUAUGAUUAUCAUGCUCAUCUUGUGAAGCUAAAGCAAAACGAAUUGCUAUAAUCUUACAAUAUUAUAUGUCCAACCUGCGUGUUCAUUACAUUACUUUUAUACUAUUUUUUUGUUGAUUUACAUUUAUACUCUUCGUUUGUUUGUAUUAACAUUUAUUUAAGAAUUUCGUACUGUAAAGUACAUGUGCAUACAACAAAUACACGUGUACAAAGUGA